AUGGUGGCUGGUUUAACCCCAUCUGCCUCUUCGGGACCAUCGUCUGAAUUUGACGCCUUCGUCUUCCCUGUGCUUGCACUGAUGCUAGGACUCAUCUUGGACGAAGUAAAUAAACGUAUCAGUUUUCUUGGAAUACCGGAUACUGUAUUGCAGUUUGUGAUUGCUUUGUGCGCCAGCACCCUCGUCGUUGCUUCAGCGUUUAUGAUUCCUAUCUUGGCUCAUACGCAGCAAUUUAGUAUUACUACGGUAUUCCUCUUCAACGCGAUUCUUGUUUCCACUGAUGCUGUAGCUGUGGGCGCCAUACUGGAACAAUAUGGUGCACCUCAUAGUUUACGAAUUCUGAUCGAAGGAGAAUCCCUUCUCAAUGACGGAUUGUCUCUGACUACAUAUCGUUUUCUUGUUGACCUCCUUGAGGUAAGUUGCUUGUUUGAUUACUAACA